CUGUCACACUUAGGAUUAAAGAUUCGGUUGUCAGAGAGAAGUGAUCAUCCGUUUGUGAUGGAUUUAAUCAUACUCUUUCUGUGUUUGCUGAUACUUUUUAGUUCAGGAUAUGUGCUGUUUCUUCAGAAAAAAGUGAAGUAUCCUCCAUGCAUUACAGGAUGGAUCCCGUGGUUUGGAGCUGCAUUUCAGUUUGGAAAAGCGCCGCUUGAUUUUAUCGCACAAGCCAGGGCAAAGUACGGCCCUGUCUUCACUGUGUUUGCUGCUGGAAAGCGCCUGACUUUCGUGACCUGCCAUAAAGAUUUUCGGACAUUCUUUACAUCUAAGGAUGUGGAUUUUGAGCAGGCAGUGCAGGAACCUGUGUACCACACGGCCUCCAUCAGCAAGGAGAGCUUCUAUAGAUUUCACCCAGCAUGCAACCCUCUGAUCAAGGGCAAGCUGACUCAGGCUCAAGCUCAACUGUCUGGUCACCUGUGCGAGGAGUUCAACACCCACCUGGCGCUCUUGGGGCGUAGCGGUUCUGGAGAACUGUGCGACCUGGUCAGGGCCGCCAUGUACCCAGCAGUGAUUAGCAACCUGCUGGGGAAACGCAACUCCCCCAACAGCCCCGCCGCUGUGCGUGAGUUCAUCGAGAUGUUCCGGACCUACGACGAGGGCUUCGAACACGGGAGCCAGCUGCCUGACAUUUUCCUGAGGGACUGGGCUAAAUCCAAACAGUGGCUCCUAUCCCUGCUGAACAGAAUGGUCAUGAGGGCGCGAGGCAGUGAGCCGUCCGAGGCGAGCACCGAGACCCUGCUUCAGCGCCUCAUGGCCACAGUAACAGACAGAUUCCUGCCCAAUUAUGCACUCCUCAUGCUGUGGGCAUCGCUGGCCAAUGCCAUACCUAUCACUUUCUGGGCCGUUGCAUUCAUUCUGUCCCAUCCUUCGGCCUACCAGAAAGCUAUGGAGCAGAUAAGUACAGCCCUCAAAGACCAAAGCACGGAUAGGACGUCCGUAUCAGCCGCCGAGCUACAGCGCACACCUUAUGUGAAGUGCUGCAUCCUGGAGGCCAUCCGACUCCGUGCCCCGGGGGCUAUCACCCGACGGGUGGUCCGUCCCCUUCAAAUACAGAACUACAUCAUUCCACCUGGGGACCUUUUGAUGCUGUCCCCAUACUGGGCUCACCGGAACCCACAAUUCUUCCCUGACCCGGAAGAGUUCUGGCCAGAACGGUGGGAGAAGGCAGAUUUAGAAAAGAAUGUCUUCUUGGAAGGGUUCGUGGCAUUUGGAGGAGGACGUAACCAGUGCCCAGGAAGCCCCCACCCCGGCAUCUCCUGGGACCCAGGCAAUGCUAUCAUCAGAGGUCUCCAGGGCGACCGCAUGGCCGGGGGCAGCCUGCGAUGCUCAGCGCAGGGCUGGGACAAGAAGACUAUUCCCAGCUGCAGAUGUUCACCAGGGUCUGAGGCACCAGCAACAGACAUCACUCUCCUGGAGAGACUCCCAGAAUUCAUCCCCGCUUUGAGGAACAUGUGAAUAAAGUCCAGACAACAGUUGAGGAACAUCCAAGACAAAAAAAAAAGGCUCUUUCAUGUUUUGAAGGACAGAAAUGCACUUGGUACUGUGUACUUCCUCAAAUAGCAGAGCAUGAGCGCAGACAUCUUUCGGAUAUCUCAGGUUCCUGAACGGAUGCAUAGAUAAGAAUCCUCAUUUUACCCCUUUUCUCUAUACGUUAGUACGACGUAAUUGUUUUUCGCUAUUUCGAGAUCUUAGCACGAAAAAAAAAACAGCAAAUGAAAUCUCCUCCUCCUCCUGUAUCCUGGCAGCGUGCCCCUCAUGUCAGAGGGACAGAAAAAGGCCUCCUCCAACCCCAGUGUGAGGCACGGGUGCCAGAGCCUCCCGUUUUCUCCAGAGCAGUGUUGUUACGGGAGAUUGCUUGUGUGCGUCAUUGACACGGUAGCCCACCAUGACUCAUUGUUUGCUCGCUGCCCUCAAGGUUAUUAUGACAGAUAAAGCUCCGUGAUACAGCUGCAUUCAGCAUCAGCACCCGCUCCCCUCCCCCGACCUGCCACCACACACACACACACUCACAUUCCCAUACAGUUUCAGUCUCCAGCUGCCAUAGCUUUGCGGGAAGCACAGCUCAGAUGAGUGAAUCGUCACCCUUCUGUCAGGCUGAAGCUCCUCCCACCUCAGCCUGUCUUGUUUUUUUUAAUUUUUUUUUAUUUAAACUACCUCUGGGAACCAGGGGCGAUGAGUCAAUCGUCAGUCACGCUCAGUCGGGAUGCUAACGCGAUACUGAAAAUACGAUGUCAGAUUGCGCAACAUACAGUUCUGCAUCACUCCAUCUUCCAUGCUCUGAUAUUGAACCUGUUUUUAAAUACUGUACAAAUAUGCACGAAUUUGUCUGAAGAAAAUAAUACCAGUUAACCCCGCCCCCCCCCCCCCCCCAACACUCAAUUUCUAUGCCGAUUUGGGAGGGUUGAAGACUAGCACUGAGCUCCUUUGACACAUGCAGUGUCAGCCCACCUGCAUUACUUAAUACUAUGGGCUGCAGGUUUUCAUUGGACAGCACUGACGCGCGUAGGGCAGAGUCACAGCCCUGUGGGCGGCAGGGUGAGAUGAGAUCACCACUGAGCGGUGAGAGGGAGAGGGUCUCUGCCGUCUAACACAUCGGUUAGAUUGUGAGCCAGUUUGAGUUCUUUGGGUCUCUUCUUCAC